GAUGGCGUUUUUGGAAUCCGAAAUGUUUUUGUUAAUGAUGAUUACCAAACAUGCAAAACAACUUCGCAUAAAUAUUUGUUGGUUUUUUAUCCAAAAACAGAAGUCAAGACUCUAAGUGAAAAAGAUUUUCCCAAUUUCAAGUUUGAUUUGAAAUCAUUAUCGGAUCUUCAAUCUCAACCGUGUUUGAACGACCAACUUCUCAUCGAUGUCAUAGGAAAAAUUGUUGGGCGAUCAAAAGUUCAAACAUACUUUAAACGGGGUGGAGAAGAGAAACUAAUGGAAAUAACACUUGAGGAUCAUGACCUACCUCUACAAGUUGAUGAUGUGAGUAGCCUGAGUACUUUGAUGAUGGAUGGUGGAAAUGAAGAAGUGAAUGAGCCUCUAAAAAUCACCCCUUUGAAGACUCUAAUUGAUACAACUAAGCCCGGGACAUAUUGGAUUCUUGGUGAGAUUUCGUAUCUUGAAAAUACACCUGAUUGGUGUUACUUGGGGUGCACCGAAUGCAACAAGAAGGUUAUACCUGAUGGUUCCCAUUUUACAUGUUCGGGAUGUGAUCUUAGGAUGCCGCAUGGGGUUUACAAGUUUAAAGUUAAUGUCCACGUUUUUGACAUCACCGGUCAUGCCUCUUUUAUGCUUUGGGACCGAGAGUGCAAAGACAUUUUGGGUGGGAGUGCCCUUCUUCUAAGGGAGAUGAUGCUUGAGAGAAAGAUGGACCCAAAUUUGUUCUCGGAAGAGCUGAACCAUUUAAUUGGGAGAAAAGGUUUGUUUAAUGUUGUUGUCAAGUCCGAUGGGGAUAGUCCUCAUUGGAACGGUCCCAGGUCUUUUGGGGUGCGGUCUUUUGUUUCGGAUCCAAGAAUUCUCAAGAAGUAUGAACAUGUUUUGGACAUUGUUGAUGAUGACUCAAAGGAAGAUGUUGAUUUGUGGAAUUCUCUUCAAGAUCUUAGUCAAAAAGUUGAAACAGUGAUUGGAUCAAACAACCCAAGUUCUAGCCAAGGCGAGGCGACUUCACGAAGGAAGAUGGAUGCUAUUGAUGGGAAUGAUCCGGUUAAGAGACAACUUCUUGACGAGCUCUCAACAACAACUUGCAAGAAGAAGGAAAUAUGUUGGAAUGAGAAAGCUCACAAAAAGUCCAACAAUCAGUUCCAAGAGUGUGAGGGAUGAUGAAUCAAAUAAAGGAAUUGGAUGUUGGUUGCGUUCGUGUUACAAGUGUAAGAGUAAGCGAGACUCAGAUUUUAUGGAACUGUGUUGGAAAUGCUUUGCCGUACGUGGUCAUCUUUCGUGCUUGCAAAUUGGGGAUGUUGGAUAGGGAUUGUUUUUUGUUUGUGAUGAUUGUGUGAGACUACCACCCCCAAUAACGCCACAACCUAGACGCCGACAAUCUAAGCGACUUAAAACUCCAAACAAGAAAUAUUUCAAUGAUCU